AUUACCGCCCAACUAGCAAUUUCAUAUUUUGUAACUGUUGCCAAAACGUUUUGAAUGGUAAUGUUAUAAAAUAUCCUUGGUCUCGGAAAUGUUUUCAAUGCUUGUAUACAACAGCUACUAGCGUAAAAUUGGCACCAUUUUAUAAAAUACAUUUGUCUCCGUAGGAAUUUCAUAAAGCCUUCUAGUAACGUUACGAAACAAUUUUAUAAACAUUCUGGCUGCUGCUAAAAAAUUCAUUAACGACAUUAUAAAACAGUUUCAAUGAAUAUUUGCAUAAUACAGUAUAAAAUGUAAUGGUUAUAUACCUAAUAUUUGGGAAUCAACUAAAAACUGUUUUAUAAGAGCUGUAUAACUGACUUCAUUAAACGUUCUGAAGUGAAAAAACGACAUGCAUUGCCAUCUAUAAAAUCAAAAUAUUUUGUAAUUGAUGCCUACAGUUUCAAUAAGUAUAUAUUAAUAUAAUUCUUUAGGAAUGAGAAGACAUAAUACUGGAAUGUCGGUUGGGUUUUCUCACUAGAGAUUAUAUUCGAAUCAUACUUAGUUAUGAAGUUUGAGACAUAUUUCAUGAUGACCGAAAUGAACUUAUGAUGCAAAUGAAAUUUUAUCGUGAAAUCGAGCAUAAAAAUAAUAGAUUAUUAACGCGCCACCUAUUCACAAAUGUUUUCAGUAAAAAAAUAAUAAAAAAAAUUAUCAAAAAAUUAGGUUAGUGAAUCUGAUGAUCUUUUUUGUAAAUGAAACAUAUCUAUAUUUGAUCUACGCAUCAAUUUGAGUGAGUUUUCGUACUUGGGCGGUUGUAAUCUUCACAUAUCAAUGAUUUUCAUCAUUUUAAUUCCUCGCCAUUUCCUACCACCACAAAUGAUGUAAUUUUUCAAUGGCGUCUUCUUAUAAAAUAAUUCUGCAUCAUCGGCAAGCUUUUUAAGAUAACUUAGCUAUUAUAUAGUUACUAUAAAACAUUCUGAUAUUAUUUACUUCAGCACUACCUCUAUGGUGAGACAGGACCGAACUGCUUCCGAAUCAGUUUUUCUACAACAUACCUUAUACGUAUGAGUAUUUUCGAUUCCGAGAAAGGACUAUACCUUCUAUUUCAUAACUCAUUUCUGAUUGUUUGCUAAAAACCGGUUGCUAUCUCUAAUUUUCGAAUUUUUGGCUGAAAAUAAUGAUCUUAAACGAUAUGGUUUGACUCACUGAUCAAGAAUCCGUGGUCGAAAUUGAUUCUGUCCGGCCGACCGUGUAUCCGAUAACUGUCGAACGGAAUGAGCUAGACGGUUGAAAUUUUCAGAGUAUGUUCGGCAUAUAGAUAUCUCGGUUAAGUUCGUUAAUGAUGAAAAUCGGCAUACUGGUUUCGUAACAGUUUCAUCAUAAGAAUCUAUUAAUAUCAUUUUCUAAUCUAGCAAGCUAAUACAGAUAUGAUUUUUCGAAUUUUCAAUAAUUCAUCGUACUUCAUAUAUGUUUUCACGUCGAAAUUUAACGUAUGUUCUGUGAUACCAUAUAGACAUGGUCUAUGUGUGAUACAGAUAGAGACAUGCCAAACUAAGUUCAUAGAUAUUAAUUGCUGGCACUAUGAAUCAGAGAGAGUAGAAAUAAGUGGGAAUAUUAAAUUAUGAUUCUAUGGCAUGUCCGCUUAUUGAAGUAUAUGUCAUUUUAGAAUAGACUAAGGCCGGACUUAUGCUGCCGGAAUGUCUCUCUGAAUUCAUAUUCUCAAUUCAUAAUCUGAAUUCUGGAAGCUUGCAAAUUCUAGAUAUUAAUACUCCGAAAAAAUCAGAAUUUGUGAGGUGAAUAGUGGAUUAGUAUGGAAUUAUGUGUUUUCUUAACUAAUAUUAUGAAUUGAGAGUAUGAAUUCAGAGAGCCAUUCCGGCUGUAUAAGGCCGCCCUUACAAUGAUGCUCUGUCUGUUCUUUCAGUUUUGAAUUCUUGGAAUGUUAAUCAUUCUGUUUUCGAAAUUUGAAAUGAUUCGAAUAUGCUUCAGUUUGAAACAAAGCUCUAUAAACAAUAUGUUUGUUUUCGUUACUCCGAGAACACCGAUUUUGGUCGAUUUUGCCCAAUAUCGAACUUAUCCGAGAUAUUUAUCUUCCAAAUCUACUCUGAAAAUUUAAACUGUCAUUCCGUUCGACAGUUAUCCUGUUCAAGGACGAUCGGCCGGACAGAAUGGAUUUUGACCACGGAUUCCUGAUAGCGAGUCGAACCAAAACGUUUUAUACCAUAUUCAACCAAAUAUUCGAAAAUUACAGACAUUUAGGCAAAUUGAUAAGCACUCAGCUGUUCCGAUGAACAAUUGCGCCAAAAAUACAAAAUGUGGGAAAGCUUACUCCGAAGCUGCUCUUAACAACUUUUCAUUAAAGCUUCGGAGUAAUUCCUAUUAAAACUGUCGAGUAUGUCGAUCAAUAGAAUACGGUCCUGUCCUAAGGAUUUCAGAUUUCAGCGAAACAGUUGUGAGUUCCAGUUGAUCCAAAUAUUAAAAUAAUAAGGUUGCUUAGAUCACUUAUAGAGCAUUAUUGACUACUGUUUGGCUAAUUGACGAUCUUUUUACGGCCUUAUAAAGCAAGUCCUCAUGGAAUAAGAAAUAUAAUUAUGAUUAUGUGAUAGUUAAACUUCUUAUUGUAGUGAUAGUCUUAGAGAAAUAGUCUAUUGUCUCUCGUGAUAGUGAUUGGGUCGCAGCAAUUUGGCGCUACUGAGGAGAGGAGGUGAAAUCCAUAGAUUAUUCUGGAAUAAAUAUACCGCGUAAACUUAAUUUAACAUAACCUAAAAUCAAAUUUGUUCUGAACUGCUUGGCAAAUCUGAGUGCCGACUGUGACGAGUGACCUGUUUAAGUUAGAAAAGAAAAUGCAAGACAUGUUCAAGAUCGUCCAAACUAUCGAAAGGGGCUUGAAACAGCUAACAAUUGUUCCUUCGGGAUGGGAGUAUAAUAAUCAGCUUCAUUGGCCAAAAUUAGGGGCUGAGAAGCUGAUCAGGACUGCUAAUUCCUUACCAGAAGCAAACUGGUUCACAAUGGCUUGCAAAUUAAAAAGGAACCACUUAUUUAACUAUGAAAUUGCUGAAGAGGAACUAAAUCGAAUGUUGGAAAAUGACGAUACUGAACAAGAGGAUAUUUUAGAGGUCCAGACUAAAAAGAGACCGAGCGUGAAGCUGCCAAAGUCCAUAUCUAGCGAACAUAAUUUUAAUGAAUUGGCCAAUAAAUGUAUGUUGACUGCUUCUUUGGAAUAUUCUAGGGUGAAAUCUUCAAAAACAGAGUUGGAUACUGAAGUACUCCUACCCCAAAAAACAAUCCAGCAAAUUAUACCAGAUGGAUUAAGAACAGAAAAAUCCUCUCUAGAUGCAGAAUUGAUGGAAAAAUUUGAGAGCUUGAUAAUUAAUCAAGACAUAAUUAUGAAUAACCAGAAACUAAUUCUGGAAAGAGAAGGUCAUUUAUCUUAUCUAGAAAAUAUAAUGCAACUCCUUGCCAAAUUACAAACCAGUAUAGAUGUUAUGGCUAGUCAUUCAAUUAACAAUAACUGUACAUGUAACACUGCAACUCAGAAUAAUAAUAAUAUUGAUGAUAUCUUUUUCGAGCCAAUAGACUCUUUAGCGGUACUUGAGAAACUGGAGGCCAAAUUGGCUAAUAAGAAGGAAAUGGAAGACUUAAUACAAAAGUUUAGUUAUGUAUGUGGAAGAAAGGGAUGUGGAAAUGGAACCAAUAACUGCUAUAUUUUGGUGGACAAAAUAUUCUCUAGAAAAUUCAUGACUCUAUGUUCUUGGGCUGGAGGUGCUAAAGAUCCUGGAAAAGAGAAAAUUCCAUUCAAAUUUUUCAAAAAUGUUAUCGGAUUAUUUUUUCGUGUUGUGAGACUCUCCGAUGAAGAUUUUACCUUGAAAAAUUGCGAAGAGUUUUUCAAGGCUGUCAUCAGAAACUCAACGAAAAGGAAUGAGAGUAGCAUGACACGAACAUCAAGGAGCAAAAGGAGGCCCAAAAGUCUUUCUUACAAGAUUAAGAACCCAAAGAUUGAAGAAAGUAAUGUUAUGGAACUAAAUGAAUUAAUCAUCAACGAGGAGAACUUUCUAAGUAGUUAUGUUCUGGUUGGAAAUGAGGAUUCUACAGGAGUAACAUUAGAAGAGAUGGAACAGGUGAAUGGAGAGGAUAGUGAAAAUGAAUGAGUGCAGAUUAUAAAUUAUUAACUUAUUUUAUUUGAAUAUUUUGUUGAUUUUUAGUUUACAAGAUGAAAAUUAUUUAUUUUCAUGUAAAGUGUGCAAUAAAGGAAUAAAAAAAAAUUCA